UUUCUUUUUUCUUUUUUUUGUUGCAAAGAAGGGAUUCAGCCCAGGAUAUAGUAGAGAAGCGCGCCAUGCUGCUCGGCGUGUCUCUCCUGGUGGUCCCCCUGCUCAGCAUCACCGGCUGCGGCUCGUCCUACGUGCCGUGCCAGCCGUGCGACGAGAAGGCCCGGUCCAUGUGUCCGCCGGUGCCGCUCGGCUGCCAGCUGGUGAAGGAGCCCGGCUGCGGCUGCUGCCUGACGUGCGCCCUGGAGGAGGACCAGCCGUGCGGCGUGUACACCCGGCCGUGCACGCGCGGGUUUCGUUGCCUGCCCAAGAACGGCGAGGAGAAGCCGCUGCACGCGCUCCUGCACGGCCGCGGCGUGUGCAGGAACGAGAAGUUGUACAAACAGCUGCAUCCGUCCAAAGACGGAGAGCGACCCGCCCUCGGGACGGCGCCGCCCCCGACCAGGGCGCUCUUGUACGGAAACAACCAGCUGAUGAAGUUCCACGCCAGGAAGCAGGCCAAAGAGCGCACGAUGCAGCUGUCCCGUCUGCGGCCCUCCGGCACCCUGAACUUCUCCCCGCUCGGCCCGGAUAAGCUGGAGCCCGAGUUCGGCCCGUGUGGGAGAAGACUGGAUCAUCUCAUUCACAGCAUGAAGGACGCCUCCAGGGUCUUGGCUCUCACUCUGUACGUCCCCAACUGUGACAAGAAGGGCUUCUUCAAGCGCAAGCAGUGCAAGCCGUCUCGCGGCCGGAGGAGGGGCAUCUGCUGGUGCGUGGACAGGUUUGGCGCGAAGAUCCCCGAAAUCAACGACGCCGGCGGAGACCUGCAGUGCAAAGAGCUCGAGAGCAGCAGCAGCAACCAGUGAGAGGGGGACACCUGCCAAUCAAGCCAGCUCACCUGGUGGCUGCCAAUCAGGAAACACAUAGCACAGGUUCUUCUACAUGUGCUCGGGUGGGACGGACUGCGUCUCUUUUUGUUGUGAGCUCUUGGUCUUAUGGGGCUCCCUGGUGACCGUUAGCUAGCACCUCAUCUCGCUAUAUCCAUAGAUCAUAGAGGAUUAUAUAUAUAUAUAUAUAUAUAUACAUAUAUUUGUAUAAUAUUUUCAUUGAUUGUGUUUCUAGAGACGAGACAUAUUUUCCACGAGGCUAAACGAAUCAACGCUUUGCUCUUUCUUUAACCAGCGACGUUUAAUUCAUUGUUAAUCAUGUGAGGGGCAGCUUUUCACACAUCAAACAGCAGCUUUCAGCAUUUAUUCCCGCCUCCGACCGGCUGUCACGGGACAUUUCCUCCGCCGCGGGCUGCACGCCAUCAGAACCAGAACCACGGUACUUGUUUGUUCAGCGCGGAGCCGCAAAAGCUUUCAGUCUGUUUUCCCCAAAUUAUUCCCAACCAGUGAGAUGAUACCACGCUGUAAAAGAAUCAUCACAAUUCUACAGACAGAAUGAGCGUCAGAAUGAAUCAUCAUACGCUUCCUCCCAGUUUGAGGUGCAGUGUGACCACCAUCGGCCCUCAUAAACCAGCGCGCUUUAUUGCGCUGUCAAGGGUUAGAUGUUUGACUCCCUGCCUCCUAUUUCCAACCCAGACAGCUGCGUCCUCUGUUUGUAAAUGUAUGUACAGUGUGUGUGUGUGUGUGUGUGUGUGUGUGUGUGUGGAUACUGAGUAUUGUUUGUGCCCGAAUAGUUCACAACUACAACUAAGCUCUAUUUUAAAUUCUCCAGCUGCUGUUGGCACUAAUGCGGCGCGUCUCCUUUCUUUGGCUCACAAAUGGCAUGCAAAGGGCCCCGCGCUGUCCCUGUCUCCGCCUGCAGGGUCCUCGCCGCCGCAGACGCCGCCGCGCAGGCAAAUCCGAGGCUCCACGUAAAUCUGAGGGGCCGCUUUGAAUCCCCGUUUGCAUGUGGCAGCCCGGGCGCCAUUUCUUCCUCCUGCGAAUCACACUUUGCCUCCGGGUUUUUGUUGUUACCGUGAUGUUGAUUUAGCGACUCUUGUGGUCCCGUGCGUCCCGGAUGAGACCAGCCGCGCCUCCCCCCCGCCCCCCCACACCUCUUGAUUCCAGCACACAUGUGAACACAACACGGGGACACUUUGAGCAUUCUCCUUUUAGGAAAAAGAGAUUAAUGUGAACACUAUGGUGAAAUAUUUAUCAGGCGUGUAAUUGAUGUACUCGUGUUUUCUUUUUGUAAUGACGAAUCACUAUUUAAAUAAAAUUCAUGUACUCACAUAAACAGGCAUGACGGCCCUAAGGUUUGUUUCUGUGGCUGACAGCUUUGACCUUGACCUCUGUGGGUGAAACUGGCCGUGGAUGUUCUGGAAGGUCAGCUCAGCAUAGUUUGGUGCAAAGUGGGAUUUAUUAUUGGCACACAGUCAUUAUAAAUAAUGUAACACAACUGUAGGGUGUCUCAACAAGUACCGAAGGGGUCACCUGAUUGGACUUUAAGUCCUAACUGA